UUUUUUUUCUUUCAUUUCAUUUCAAUUUCAUUCGAAAUUUGAAAUAAAUUCGAAUGUUGCAAACACAACCGUGAUCGUCAUCAUUCGAUUCGAGUCAAACCACACACACAAACAUCACGCGCACGUUUGUUAUUUUGUCGAGAAAAUCAAAUUGAAAAUUUGUGUCCGAAUAUUAACCAAAAAAAAAAUGUCAUCAUCAGAUUCUACAGUGGCAGCAGCAACAGCAGCAGCAGGUCCUAAUGAUGUACCAUCAUCAUCAUCAUUGUCAACACCAUCGUUUACACCAGCUUCAAUUACAUGGCAUAAUGUUAAUGUUUGGGCUCGACCAUCGGUAAGCGUAUUGGAUACGAUUACAUUUAAAUCACAACCACAUGGUUCACAGAUUAUUAAAAAUGUUUCUGGAAAAGUUAAAGCCGGAUCAACAUUGGCCAUCAUGGGUGCAAGUGGAGCCGGAAAAACAACCUUAUUGAAUGUAUUGAAUUGUCGUAAUCUUUCGAAUUUUCAUGUAGAUGGUGUUAUACGUAUCAAUGAUCGUUUAGCCGAUAUCGAUAUGAUUACAUCAAUGUCUGCAUAUGUACAACAGGAAGAUAUGUUUCUACCAACAUUGACGGUACGUGAACAUCUUAUAUUUCAAGCAAUGGUACGAAUACCGUCCACUGUAUCGGAAACGGCAAAAAUUGCUCGCGUCGAUCAAGUAAUGCGUGAAUUAGGUCUGGAUAAAUGUGCCGACACACGUGUUGGUGGUAGUCGUUACUUUAAAGGCAUUUCUGGUGGUGAAUUGAAACGUCUUUCAUUCGCCGCUGAAGUAUUGACAAAUCCAUCGAUUAUGUUUUGUGAUGAACCAACUUCUGGUCUUGAUUCAUUUAUGGCUGCUAAUCUGGUAUCGAUCAUUAAUAAAAUGGCACGUUCAGGACGAACAAUCAUUUGUACUAUUCAUCAACCAUCAUCGGAAACAUUUGAAAUGUUUCAGAAUCUACUUCUAUUGGCUGAUGGACGUGUAGCAUAUUUUGGUGAAAUAAAAUCUGCAUUAGAACAUUUUGCCACUAUUGGUCUUCAAUGUCCAGAAAAUUAUAAUCCAGCAGAUUUUUUCGUUCAUGAAUUAGCCGUUGUACCCGGUAAAGAGAUGGAAUGUCGUAAAAAAAUUAAUCGUAUAUGUGAUUAUUUUGAACGUGAAAAACAAAAUCUAGAUUCAUUACAAGCAUCAUUUCAUAGUAGUAGUUUUUCAACUACAAUACGUAGUAAACGUAAUCGUCCAUCAAGAUAUAAAACAAAUCGUUGGCAACAAUAUGUUGCAUUAGCAUGGCGUUCACAUUUGACUGUUAUUCGUGAGCCAGCACUUACCUAUGUACGAUUAACACAAGCAUUGAUGAAUUCGAUCGUAUUGGGAUUAAUAUUUUAUUCACAAAAUUAUGAUCAACGUGGUGUUUGGAAUAUGAAUGGUGCAUUAUUCCUGUUGAUUGUCAAUAUGACCACACAGAAUUCAUUUGCUGUUAUCAAUGUAUUCUGUUCAGAAUUGCCAAUAUUCAUUCGUGAACAUAAUAAUGGAAUGUAUACGGUUGAUGCAUAUUUUGUAUGCAAAAAUUUAGCCGAAAUUCCCAUUUUCGUCUGUAUACCGAUCAUAUUCGUUACAAUUUAUUAUUAUACAUUGAAUCUAUAUCCAGCAUUUGAUGCAUAUCUUUAUUGUAUGUUAAUUGCCAUAAUCAUUUCGGCAUGUGGUGUUUCAUUUGGUUAUCUUAUCUCCUGUCUUUGUCGUAAUACCGAUGUUGCAUUAUCGUUUGGUCCACCAUUCAUUAUGCCAUUUCAAUUGUUGGGUGGUUAUUUUCUCAACACUCAUUCAAUACCACCAUAUUUACGUUGGACCAAAUGGAUAUCUUGGUUUUAUUAUGGAUUCGAUGCAUUGGCUGUUAAUCAAUGGCGUAAUGUGGCCAUUUUGGAUUGUACGGAUACACCACCACCACCACCACCAUCAUCGACAUCACCAAUGACCCAUGCCGCCGCUACAGCCACUACCACGAUUAUGACUAUGGCCACAGCUUUAUCACAAUCAACAUCAUCAAAUUAUUCAUUUGGAAAUGAUAAUAUCGGCAUAGAAGAACAACAACAACAACAACAACAACAAAGUUCAGGACAAAUGUGUUUCAAAAAUGGUCAAGAUGUAUUACAAUUUCUAUCACUUGGUAUACAACCAGAAUGGUUGGAUUUUUUUGGCAUUUUAUCGCUCAUGAUAUUGUUACGUUUUUUUGCCUAUCUGACACUAUUAUUUAUUGCACGAAAACGUUAACUCUUGGAGAAAAUGAAAUGAAAGUCGCAUGUGUG